AUGGCUGUUGGACAUAUGACUGUUCGCAAUGCGACCUCCUUCCCAGUUACAUUCUUUGCAUUGGCUGGACCAUGCUUUAAAUUAGGACCAGGAGAAACACAAACCCAAAAGGCUUGUUUGAUUUGGUUCUCUACUCGUGUACAAGGACCAGGUGCCAUUACAAACACUACUACCUUUUCAAAGUACAGAGAUGACUACAUUGCUCAAUUGGAUGACUUGGGAUUCGGUUCAAGUGACUGGGACGAAGGAGGUAGUGGUGCUGCUGCUGGCUCAUUCCUUGGUCUUGCCGUCGAUGGUCUCGAAUGGGUAUUCAAAACACCCAACACUGUCGAGCAUACCCAACAAGGUGACAUUUUGUACUUUGGUGGCAAAAAGGAGGGUGUCUAUGGCACAUCGAAUCUUGUUAUCCUGGCCGACAUGGAUCCUGCCCACAAGUUGGACGCUACUCAUACUCCAUGGUGGCACUUGAAAAUUGAAAAGGAUCAAGGUCAGAACCAAUCAAAGCCAACCGACCCUGGGUACGUGUACGUCACACCCAACUUGGACAAGUACAAAGACUACAACUUUUUCAGACUCUAUAAUGUCAACUACCACAACUUUAUGGCUACUUCCAAUAGUAGCGGUGUGUGUCCUCUCACUACUGUCGAUGCUGUCACUCAGCCAUUCGACCCACUCACCACCGGCGAGUACUUUGCCUUCCAACCAGACAGCAGUUCUCCCUACAACAUCCGUAUCAUCAGUACCCGAAACAACGGCAACCAACAACAAACUCGUUACCUUCAAUCUGCCAACGGUCUUGCAGUCUCUCCCAACCAAGACAUUGACAACAACAACCACCAACAAAUCUACACCGUUGAAUUUAUUGACCAAGCUCCAGUCACCAAGGUCAAGAUAUCCCAAGGUGGUUACCUCCUUGCUGGCUCCAAAACCGGUCAACAUCCAUUCAUGUAUCCACGUAUUGAGACUGCUAUUGAUCAACAAUGGUAUGCUCUUACCUAUACUGUAGAUAUUCACAAGAUUCCAACCGAUCACAAGUUUAAACUUGUUCAUUGCAAGACAGGUAAUUUGUUUAAUGCCUUUAGUAAUUCAAUCUCCAUGUCAGCAGACAAUGUACUGAGCACAGCCAACAGUGUACACUUUUAUGUUAAAGCAACUGCUUGGAGCCCAGAAUGCUUUGUCAUCUAUUUCCUCGACGAGCACAACAACGAGAAAUACUUGAGCAGAACCCAAGAUGGUCAUAUGAUUACAAACUCCCAGAAUGGUGAAGCCUCUGUCUUUAGCUUUAAGAUCACCGAUCAUCAAGCUGGUUUCCAUUUAGUCAAUGGUAGUUAUCCUGGUAACUUUUUCUGGAAUGGUAAGAACUUUGGUUUCUAUGAUGAUGGUAAUGAUUACUCUGAUCAAUUAUGGAUUUGUCAAUUCUAA